GAGAGCGAGCGGUGGGAUUUUCACACCAAAGUUUCAAGCUUUAGCUACCCUUCCCUUUCCCUCCCUGUGCGUGCUCAUUCUCAAUCAGUCUCAACCAAAUGCUCAUAUCCUCUCGGCCAAACUGUCAAACACCUCGUGAACAAUUUCAUUAAAAAACCCAAAAUCCAAAGGGGAAAAAAAAAAAAAAAAAAGGAAAAAAAAAAACACCGAGAGAGAGUUGUUGGAAACUUGUUCUCAUGGGGACCCAAACUGGGUUCCCGGUGGAGAUAUCGGAGCCUUUGCUCGGUGAUUCGAAGGAAAUCGGCUCCAUUCUUGUGCCUGAAUGGAAGGACCAGAUCACCAUUAGAGGGCUAGUAGUCAGCGCCUUGUUGGGUGGACUGUUCUGCAUCAUCACCCACAAGCUCAGUCUCACUGUCGCUAUGGCCCCCACCGUGAAUGUUGCAGGUGGGUUGCUGGGGUUCUUCUUGGUCAAGUCAUGGACUGGGUUUUGUUCCAAAUUUGGAUUUUCUGUCACCCCAUUUACCCGCCAAGAGAACACCGUUAUCCAGACUUGCAUUGUCGCUUGCUGUGAUCUUGCAACUAGCGGGGGUUUUAGUUCAUAUUUGAUUGCAAUGGAUGAGAGGAUUUAUGAAGUAAUUGGUGUUGAUUACCCGGGUAAUAGGGCUGAAGAUGUUAAGAACGCUGGAUUGGGGUGGAUGAUUGCUUACUUGUUUGUCGUCAGUUUCCAUGGCCUUUUUAGUCUGCUUCCGCUUCGCAAGGUUAUGAUCAUGGACAACAAGCUUACUUAUCCUAGUGGCACGGCCACUGCAAUGUUAAUAAAUAGCUUACACACAGAUGCUGGAGCUGAACUUGCAAGGAAGCAAGUACACUGUCUUGGAAAAUAUUUGAUUAUAGGUUUCUCAUGGAGCUGCUUUAAGUGGUUCUUCAGUGGUAUUGCAGAUUCAUGUGGAUUUGACAAUUUCCCAAGCCUUGGGUUGACACUUUUUAAGAACACGUUUUAUUUUGACUUCAAUCCAACUUUUGUUGGAUGUGGUUUUAUAAUGCCUCAUAUUGUCAGUUGCUCAGUGCUCCUUGGGGCUAUUGUAUCAUGGGGUUUUCUCUGGCCCUUCAUUUCCAAGCAUGCUGGGGACUGGUAUCCGGCUGACCUUGGUAACAAUGAUUUUAAAGGUCUUUAUGGAUAUAAGGUCUUUAUAGCAAUUUCUCUUGUCCUUGGGGAUGGAUUAUACAAUUUGAUCAAGAUUGUAAUUAUUAGUGCAAAGGAAAUCUUCAACAAAAACAUCAAACAGAAUAAUUUUCCUGUAGUUAUAGAGGUCAUAGAUAGUGAGUGCUCUAACCUACAGCUGGAGCAGAGAAGAAGGAAUGAGGUAUUUCUGAAGGAUAGAAUACCCUCAUGGUUUGCAGCUGCAGGAUACGUGGGACUGGUGGCAAUAUCAACAGCAACAAUACCAAUUAUCUUUCCUCCCCUUAAGUGGUAUCUAGUUCUUUGUUCCUACAUUGUUGCUCCUGCCCUAGCCUUUUGCAACUCUUAUGGCUGUGGCCUAACUGAUUGUAGUUUAACUUCAACCUACGCAAAGGUUGGUCUUUUCAUUAUAGCUUCCUUAGUUGGAAGCAAUGGUGGGGUGGUAGCUGGAUUGGCUGCUAGUGGGCUGAUGAUGGCCAUCGUCUCCACUGCAGCUGAUCUCAUGCAAGAUUUUAAGACAGGUUACCUCACUCUCUCCUCGGCUAAGUCCAUGUUCGUGAGCCAGUUGUUGGGAACGGCUAUGGGUUGUGUGAUUGCUUCUCUUACAUUCUGGUUGUUUUGGACUGCUUUUGAUAUCGGGUCACCUGAUGGACAAUACAAAGCACCUACUGCUGUAAUAUUCAGGCAAAUGGCUAUUCUCAGUGUUGAGGGCCUCUCCGGGCUCCCCAAGUACUGCUUACCCAUAAGUUGUGUAUUUUUUGUGGCUGCACUGCUUAUAAACCUCCUGAGGGAUGCAACUCCUAAGAAAGUAUCUCAAUUUAUUCCCAUACCAAUGGCCAUGGCAGUCCCUUUUUAUAUUGGAGCAUAUUUUGCCAUUGACAUGUUUGUGGGAACAUUGAUAUUGUUUAUAUGGGAAAGAAUUGACUGGAAGGAUGCAGAAAAUUAUGCAGGAGCUGUUGCUUGUGGCUUAAUAUGUGGUGAUGGGAUUUGGACAGUUCCUUCAGCAAUCCUUUCAAUCUUCAGGAUCAAUCCACCCAUAUGUAUGUACUUUGGCCCUUCUUUGGACACCUAAAUGGUGAAACCACUAGGUUUGGACAUUUUGUAAAUAACUUAUCCUAUGUACUAGUCAUUGCGAAUUUGAAUUCUCUGAGCCAAAGUAUCUUAGCACUCUAUUGUCUUUCAGUCUUUUUAGUUUCAUAGCAAGAUUUCUUUUUUC